AUGGAGGAGGAGAGCAGUUGUUGUCCUUUUUCUCCGUCUUCUUUGUGGGAGGUGAUCGUGAAGUGCGACGAUAUUUGUUUCACUCAUGUGCUUCCGAGAUUGAAUUCGAAUGAUCUCAAAUUCUUGUAUGGAGUGAAUAAGGAGACGAGAAAGUUGAUUAAGAGAUCCUCUCGCAAGAGGGAGUUGAAAAAGGGGUUUAAAGUGAGCGAGAUGUCGUCGAUAUCGACUUUGGAAGUUGCGUGGGAGAAUAAAUCAUUGCGGUCGGGUUACUUAAGAGACGAAGGAUCUUUCUGCUGGCAAGUUGCUCGAACGAAUAAACUCGAGUUGCUCAAGUGGGCGCGAGAGGAGAAAAAGUGUAAGUGGAAUGUGGGGAUGAUUCAUGUGGCCGCACGUCAAGGUAAUCUGGAAAUGGUAAAGUAUUGCGUUGCAAAUGAGUGUUUUAUGGAUAAGGAGACGUGUGCAUAUGCUGCCGAAAACGCUCAUCUCGAGAUACUCAAAUACUUACGCGAAGAAGUCAAAGCGCCUUGGGAUAAGAGAACUGCCUCUUGGGCGGCUGCAGAAGGUCAUCUCCACAUACUCGAAUAUCUUGUUGAGCGUAAGUAUGAUCAAUAUAGCGGAUUUGCGUGUGUAUGGGCGGCCGAAAAGGGCCACUUAGACUGUUUGAAGUACUUGCACGAAACUGCCAAAGCGCCUUGGUACCCUCGCGCCGUAGAAGAAGCGUACUGGAGAAAACAAACCGACUGUUUACAAUACCUCCUCGACAAUAACUGUCCAAUACCACGCGGUUAUCGAUACGAACAUGGCGAAGAGACUCGCAUAUACGCAUAUAAUAAUCACACGCACAGAAAAAGCAGAGACGCAGAGAAUACGCACUUACGCUGCACAUACCCUUUUCGUCGUCUUUUGAGAGCAUUCUAUAUAUAUAUCAAAGCGAGGAUUGGGAUUGGAUUUUCCCAAACAUUAUCCAAAAAUCAGAUACGUCUCAGCGCCUUUUCUAUUCAGAAAGAGAGAGAAAGAACGCGAAAGAACAACUCGAGCGAUCAGAACAUGCGAGCGACAUCUUUCACACAAACGAAAACUUCUUGUUCUUCUUCCUCGAACAAGAAAAGUUUUAUCAUCACAAAAAGAAGACACAAAAUUGGAGGCAAAAUGCAGACCAAAAUGAGACCAAAGAAGGCUGCCACUGCUGCCUCGGCGGCGACGAGCGGAGGAGUGCAAACCAUCGGCGAAACGUUCAAGAAACUCAAAUCGGAAAACAAAAUCGCGUUCAUUCCUUUCGUCGUCGCCGGGGACCCGAACUUAGAAGCCACGGCGAAAGCUUUGAAGAUUUUAGGUGCGUUACUUAUGCUCGUCUUUCGUCUUCUUUGUCUUUGUCUUUGUCUUCGUACUGACGAAACCACGCUCUUCUCGCUUUCUUUCUUUCUUUUUAAUUUCUUUGAAACAACAAACAAAACAGACGCGGCUGGCGCAGAUGUCAUCGAAUUAGGCGUCCCGUAUUCCGACCCGUUAGCGGAUGGUCCGGUGAUUCAAGCCGCGGCGACGAGAGCUUUGGAAAAUGGCGCUACGUUAGAUAAAGUCAUCGCCAUGGCGAAGAAAACCAUCGAUAACGGCAAAGGCGUGAAGGCGCCGAUUGUGAUGUUUACGUAUUUCAAUCCGAUUUACCAGAGAGGCGUGGAGAAGUUCGUGCAACAAAUCGCCGACGCCGGCGCGAGAGGGUUGUUAAUUCCAGACGUACCGUUGGAGGAAACGUACGAGACGAGCAAGAUUUGCUCGAAAUACGGCAUCGAUUUGGUCUUGCUCUCCACGCCGACGACGCCGACGGAACGCGCUCGGCAAAUCGCCUUGAACACCAAAGGCUUCGUCUAUUUGGUUUCCGUCACUGGCGUGACUGGGAUGCAAACCAACGUCGCCUCGAGAGUCGAAGAGUUAGUCGCGGAUUUACGUAAAGUGACCGACGAACCCAUCGCGGUUGGUUUCGGCGUCUCCAACGCCGGACACGCCAAGCAAAUCGUCAACUGGGGCGCAGACGGCGUCAUCGUCGGCUCCGCGUUGGUCAGAGCGUUGGGCGAAGCCGCCUCCGAAGAAGAAGGGUUAAAAGCGUUCGAAGAGAAAGCGAAAGAGAUUCGAAGCGGCGCGUGCAGAGAUUAA